AGACGCCCCGCCCCCCGCGCGGUGCUGCGGAACCAGGAGCCCCGGGCGGCGGCAGCCGAGGCUGGACAGGCGGCCAGGGGCGACGGAAGGACGACGACGACGACGAGCGCGGCCGGGCCGAGCUGAGGCGAGAGCGGCCGCCGCGAAGCGGGCCAGCCGCACGGACGCCGGGCUCCAGACAUGGUGCUGAUCAAGGAGUAUCGAGUCAUCCUGCCUGUGUCCGUAGAAGAGUACCAGGUAGGACAGCUGUAUUCGGUGGCAGAGGCCAGUAAGAACGAAACUGGUGGUGGUGAAGGUGUGGAGGUCUUGGUGAAUGAGCCCUAUGAGAAGGAUGGAGAGAGAGGCCAAUAUACCCACAAGAUCUACCACUUACAGAGCAAAGUGCCGACAUUUGUUCGAAUGCUGGCCCCGGAGGGAGCCCUGAAUAUCCAUGAAAAAGCGUGGAAUGCCUACCCCUACUGUAGAACAGUUAUUACAAAUGAAUAUAUGAAAGAUGACUUCCUGAUUAAAAUCGAAACCUGGCACAAACCUGACCUUGGAACACUGGAAAAUGUGCACAAACUGGAGCCAGAUGUAUGGAAACACGUGGAAACCGUUUUUAUAGAUAUUGCUGAUCGGAGCCAAGUGCUUAGCAAGGAUUACAAGCAAGAAGAAGAUCCAGCAAAAUUUAAAUCCAUCAAGACAGGACGGGGACCACUGGGUCCUAAUUGGAAGAAAGAAUUGGCUAAUCAGAAAGACUUGCCAUACAUGUGCGCCUACAAACUGGUAACCGUCAAGUUCAAGUGGUGGGGCCUCCAGAGCAAAGUUGAAAACUUUAUACAGAAGCAAGAGAAGCGUCUGUUUACAAAUUUUCACCGGCAGCUGUUCUGUUGGCUUGAUAAGUGGGUUGAGCUGACUAUGGAUGACAUUCGCAGGAUGGAAGAUGAGACCAAGAGACAGCUGGAUGAGAUGAGAGAAAAAGACCCCGUGAAAGGAAUGACAGCAGAUGACUAAGGCCGUCCCUUCCCCUCAGCACUUUUUGCAAGACAGCGGUCAGCAGGAAGGCCCAGCAGCUCCACCCUCCUGAGCGACAGGCCACCUUCGGACCCAGCCUUUCUGUGCCCAAUCGACAGGCGAUUUCCAACCCCUCGUAGCUAACUCUAGAUGCCCUUUAAUAUUGUGAACAACUAGACCGUCUGGUAUUAUUAAGCACAUGUGUGCGGGAGCCGGCGCCUUGGAGACGUGUGGCGUGUAGGUCGCUGGACUGACAGCUCCUCCCUCCUUUUUUCCAUUGUGUUCUGACCCAUUUCCAUGUGGCCCCUAUUUCCAAGUGACAUUUUUAGCUGAAAUAGCUGUCUUUUGUGAUGUGAUUUAAAUGAUUUAAGUUUGUCUGUUUUAAACCUGGGAUAAACUGAGGCCUCUUGUGUCCUGGCCAGACCCUCAUGAUUCUGAGUGCUAACCUGGGGAAAAAGAAGCUGUUGGGUGGAUGGAUUGAUUUUUCCCCUUCUCCUCCCCGCCUCCUCCCCUCCUCUCCCCCACCCUAUCCCCAUGGCAGUGCAGCUUCGAGACUCUUAAUAUAUGCUUCUAGCGCCCAAUAUUCUGGUGCUUCAUACCAAGGGUAACCAUGGCUUAGCCAAUCAUAGUUUAGGAACAAAAACAAGCCCAGCCCAUGGCACCAGCACUUGGAAUCACUAUCUUUGGAGACACCUAAUAGCUUCUUAAACCAGUCUGUAACUCACUUUGUCUGCAUCGUUGGCAGAGCCCAUGAUGUCACUGUCAAGUCUCUCUAGCUAGAGGGGCUCUGUCCUAUUUGGCCCUUGUAACUCUCCAUAUCACCAUGAGAAGUGACCCUGUGGAUGGGCUGCCUCUCAGGUUGGUGCUUCUGUUGAGCAAUAAUCCCACCUUCUCUUGGAGCCCCCUUCCCUGGCUUGGAGACUGGCUAGGAUGCUACAUGCAAGAAAUCCCCUUUGCCCUAAGGCAAAGUCCUGUCAUCCUCCAGUGCUUCUGGAGAGGGAUGAGGAAGAGGCCCGGUCUGCAAGGCCCACUCCUUCAUUUGCCCAAGCUGAGCUCUGCUCUGGACAACCCCAGAGGGUCAGAGGAAGCUUCUGGCCAACACUCCCCCAGGCUGGGCCUGGGGAGGAGGUGGAGCAAGCUGGCCUUCCAGGCAGGGCCCAGACUGUAGAAUUAGCCAGCUGCCCGAGCCUCCUCCUCCUCUUCCUCCUCCUCUUCCUCUUCCUCUUCCUCUUCCUCCUCAGCAGAACUUGAGACGGCUCUUCUCCCAGCCAAGGGCACCCACCCGAAGCAGCUGAGGUGUCACCAAUUCUCCAAAGCUGCUCAAGUCAUCAGUGUUCUAAGCCCAUGCUGCCCCGUGCUCGCACUGCCCAAGAGAGAGGCAAGAUCCCUGUCAGGGAGGAGGUAGUGUGUCUGUGGGUCUCUGGUAGUUUGCUUUGCCUUACUUAUCUCUAAGUGCAAUAAAAGGAGUGUAGGACUACA